GGAGUUUAUUUGCAAAGCCACAGCAGACCCACUUAACCAGCCAGUGCCAUGAGUCUAGAAACCCAGAGGGUGUCGUCCUACAGGAGGAUGUUUCUGGGCCGGGGCUUGAAGAAGCAGUCGAGCGGACAGUACUCCCUGGGCAGCUCCCCUUGCUACGGCCCCAUCUUAUUCUCCAGCAGCCCCCGGGUCUCCAUGGGGCGGACGAAGAGCUCUGCGCUGGGGCUGAGCCAGGACCGGGUGGACUUCUCCCUGGCCGACGCCCUCAAUGGCGAAUACAAGGAGACCCGCACCAACGAGAAGGUGGAGAUGAUGGACCUGAACGACCGCUUCGCCAGCUACAUCAAGAAGGUGCGCUUCCUGGAGCAGCAGAACAAGGUGCUGGCGGCAGAGCUGAACCAGAUCAGGGGCAAGGGACCGACCAGGCUGGGACACAUCUACCAGCAGGAGCUGCAGGAGCUGAGGAAGCAGGUGGACCAGCUCAGCACCGCCAAGGCCAGGACUGACAUCGAGAGGGACAACCUGGCCCAGGACCUGGGCAACCUGCGGGAGAAAUUAGAGGAUGAGAUCAAUCUGCGUCUGGAGGCUGAGAAUAACCUGCACUCCUACAGACAGGAUGUUGAUGAGGCUGCGCUAAACACUGUUACUCUGGAGAGGAAGAUUGAAGCCCUGCACGUGGAGAUCAACUUCCUCAACAAAAUCCACGAUGAGGAGCUGCAAGAGAUCCUGCAGCAGAUGUCCAGCCAGCAGGUCCAUGUGGACAUGGACAUGUCCAAACCGGACUUGACUACAGCGCUGAGGGACAUUCGCACCCAGUAUGAAUCCAUGGCCAGCUCCAACAUGCAGGAGACUGAGGAGUGGUACCGGUCCAAGUUUUCAGACAUGACGGAUGCAGCCAAUAGGAAUGGAGAGGCGUUGCGGCAGGCGAAGCAGGAAGCCAAUGAGUACCGGCGUCAGAUCCAGGGCAUGACCUGCGACCUGGAGACACUUAGAGGAAGCAACGAGUCUCUGGAGAGGCAGAUGCGUGAGAUGGAGGAGCAGUUUGCUAUCGAGUCUACGAAUUCCCAGGAGUCCGUGGCACGGCUGGAGGACGACAUCAACAGCCUGAAGGAGGAGAUGGCAAGGCACCUGCAGGAGUACCAGGACCUGCUGAACGUCAAACUGGCCCUCGAUAUCGAGAUCGCCACCUACAGGAAGCUGCUGGAGGGAGAGGAGAGCCGAAUCACUGUUCCUGUCCAAAGCUUCUCAAACCUUCAGCCCCGAGAGACCAGCCUGGACUCCAAACUGUCUCCCGAGCCUCCCUUGAAGAGGACUGUUCUGGUUAAAACCGUGGAGAUGAGAGCCGGGGAGAUAAUCAAGGAGUCGAUGGCGGAGCGUAAGGAGCUGGACUGAGGGUCUCCCCUGAGCCUGAAGCAGAGAGAGGCUCUAUAGCAAGCUUAGCUUCUCCCCCCACUGUAGACUAGACUGCCGUAACCAGCAAUGACCUCAGUGUGCCUCUGUGUGUCCGUCUGUCUGUGAAUGUGUGCCUGUGUCUCAUAGUGUCUGUCUGUCUGUCUGUGUGUGAAUGUGUGCCUGUGUCUCAUAGUGUCUGUAAAGGGUGUGUGUGUGUGUGUGUGUGUGUGUGUGUGUCUGAGCCUUCAGUGUGAUAAGCGUAACAAAGUCCAAUUCCAGUGUAAAUGAGCUGUGGGUUUGCUAUGGUAACCCCCAGCCCUGUUGUGAUCAGCCCCCCUCGUCCGGCACGCAGUCUGAUCUCUCCAUGGAAGCUCUUGCUACUCAUGUUAUGCAAAUUUUUUUGUGGAUACGGUGACAGAAAGCAAUUUAUGGUCUUGGUGUAUGUAAACUGAGGGAGAGAGGGAGAGAGAGAGAGAGAGAGAGAGAGAGAGAGAGAGAGAGAGAGAGAGAGAGAGAGAGGGAGAGAG